GGAGAAAUCCGCUCAGAAGCGCGGCUGGAAAAUACGGACCGCCGCUCCUGAAAAGGGAAAUGUCUAACAGAUGAUUGGCCCCGUGCCCGCCCGCUCCACUUCUGCUGCGCGCUAAACGCAGCUCCUCUGACCAAAACCAGACACACACACACUCACAAGGCACCAGGGAAGCAUCGCUGCCGGGACGGGACGCGACUGAUCCUAAGCAAAAAAGCUGCGGCUGUUUAUUCCGAGGAAUGGGGAGACGCUGUCGGUGUCCACCGACGUUAACAAGCCCAGUUCAAAGCGAGCGCUGCAACGUCGCACCGUCUGCCGGUGAGGUCACUGUGGCACAAAGCAAAGCGACCUGCGCGGACACGCAGCGGAGAUUCCGUCACAUCACGGCGGCUUUGUUCGCGCGCUGAUUGACUGUCGCUUCGGAUGAGAUUUAGCCGCUAAAACCUUAUCGAUUAUUGCGAGUCAGAGAGGCUCGCGCCGAUGGAUCGUGGAUAAGUAGUUAUUGAUGAACCGAGAGGGACUACAGCGGCGGAACCCAAAGGAGAAAACGAGCGCGCGUCUAUAACGACACAUCUGAAUAUAUUAAACAACGCAUAUUGACUUAGUCAUCGUUGCACUUAAAGAACCGAGGUGGAACUAUGGCUUUGGUCCUAUCAAUGAACCCCUUUUGCGAGCCUGAAGCCGAAGCCCCUACAUCAAUCUACCAACCACUCUGGGAAUCCGAGCACUGCAGUAAAAGCUGCAUCUCCGCUCCCUCACCACCAGGGGGCGACACCCAAGGGCUCACUCAAGAGCCCCAUUACAGACGAGCUCCUGAACAUGUGAUGGAUCGUGUGGCCCUGUCACGGAUCUCUUAUUUCAAGAGGAAGUUUGUGGAGGAUGAAGAACCCAUACUGAGCUUCAGGAGUUACUGUCACACUCAGGUGUCACCGGUCUUAGAGGAGCGCGCUCACAUUCUCCGUCUCUCUCUGGAGAAGCUGCGUUUCAUGGAUGACCCAGAGUCCUUCUUACGGCGCUCCGUGCUCAUCAACAACCUUCUCCGUCGUCUCAGAAACGAAAUCCUCCUCCAGAGUGACUGGUGCUUCCCAUCGGGGCCCACAGCAACACCUUGUCCCCUCCAAACACCUGCCACGAAUACCCCUCUUCCCCCACCUGCCCUGCAGCCCUGCAUUACGCCUCCCGGGCAGUACCGCAAACGCCUGCGUCUGCUGAGGAGGGAAGGGCCAGAGUGUGUCCCAGCCUGCUGCUGUUUAUACGCAGCCGGACGCUACCUCCAGCUGCCCCUGUCUGUCUAUGAACGGGACGUCUACUCCAACUCUCACCCUUCUUCUUCAUCUUCGACUUCAGUAAGAUUUCCACAGCUGCUGGAGGAGGAGGAUGAGGAGGAGGACAGUGAUGAAGAAGAGGACUCUGUGUGUCCUAUGUUGGCUCUGUGUCAAGCUGAAACCAGGGAGCAGAACAGGACGUGGGAUGGUCUACGGCCACAGAGCCACAGGGAAGACAAGACCCUGGAGAAAGAGAGAGAAAAGGGAAAGGAGAGGGUUAAAGCAGGGGAGGUUUCACAGCGAUGGCUUUCAGACGCUAUAGGUUCUGGACACCAUGGGGCUCUUGCUAGGGUUCACGUGAGGGGAAAAUAACAACCGAACACUUGCUGUGGAAACUAAAGUUUCCAGCAGCCUUAUAGAUCCCUUAUACAAACCAGAAUAUCAACGGUCAGUGUUUUUGAAUUUUUAGGUACUUUUUGUACUUCUGGAUUACGCAACACUACACAUCAAAAGGGACAGCGAAUUCACAUAUUGCUUGCCUCUUGCGAAAACUACCAUACUGUGCCUUAAAUGUUCUUGUUUAAUCUGUUUGAUGUGUUCGUGGAUAUUUGUGACUGAACCAGUUUAAUCCACAAAGAAGUAUGAAAACUUGUUUCCAUAAACUCACAAUUCUGAGAAGAAAAAAAAAAAAAAAAAAAGCUGCGAGGUAUAAACUCAUAAUUGUGAUUAAAAAAACUAAAUUGUAAAAUAAGAAGUCACAAUUAACUCUUCAUGGUAGAAAAAAAAUAACUGCGAGAUAUGAACUCAGAAUUCUCAUACAACAGUCAGAAUUGUGAGAUUUAUACCUUUGUGCCUCACAGUUCUGACCUUUUAUAAGAAUUACAAGUUCAUCUCUCACAAUUUUGUUUAUAUCUUGCAAUUCUGCAAUUCUAUUUAUUCCGUAGCAGAAAUGGCCUUUCAUAGUGAUGGGCACCAUCUGAAAUAAAAUUCACACUCUUUCCGAAUUUGUAAGGAAGGAAAUUAUAAUAAUAAAAAAAAUCAUAAUUUAGUUUUGUUGAUAUCAUAGGCACUUGCAAAAUGCAUGACCUGGAUUGCUCUUUAAUGACGAUCAUCAAGUUUACAUGCAGUGGAUUUUAGCCAGAAUGCAUGAGGCCCUGAAAGAGGCCAUAAUGUUCAAUACUAUUCCAUUUAGCACCCUUAAUAUUUCAUACAUUUACAUAUUCAGGAGACAAAACAUCCUAAUUGACACCAGCUGACAGAGACCAUGGAUACGGUUACCUCAGUGUUGAUAUUAAUCUGUUUUUUUGAGGUCCACUGAUUCAAGUGAUUAUUUUUACAAAAGAGGGAAUCUUCAUUCACUAUGAACGUUUUUAUUUUCGUGCACUUUUUCAUAUUGUUUAUGUUUUCUCUGCAUUUAUUUUAUUUCUAAAAACACAUAAAAAGGAGAACCUCAGACAUGAGCACAAAUUAUACAGGCAACAAUGCUGGUAGUAAAUGAAAUAAAAUUUUAAACAUUGUUUGGGCUUGAAUGUGUGUGUGUGUUUUUGUGAAAUGUAUUAAGAAUAAAGGAAUGAUCUCAAGCUCA